AUGUUCAACUGCGUUUCAAACGGAAUGCUUUAUAUGGAUCAAAUAGCCAAGGUUAUUUGGAAUCUCAAACAACGAAGAGUUUUGAAUCAGAAAGCUUAUGAUGAAUUCGUCAACUCAGAAGAAGCAGCGACCGCAGUCUCAAAGUUCGAUGGUCUGUAUAUCUCAGGUGACGAACGGGAUAUUUGGUACAAUAUUAUGGCAAACAGACUUCAGUGUGAAAUCAAUCGUGCGCUUAUACAUAGAAACGCCAAGAAGGAGAACGUGCAAGGCUACUACAUACUCCAGGAAGUGGAGUUGGCUCCAGAGCAAACCACGAUUGACAAUGAGGAGCCCGGAAUCGAAAACCUCAAACAGUAA